AAAGUUGGGGCGGGUCAGCAUGUCCGGGUCUGGGCACCUGACGGGGUCGCGCCCGGGUCCCAGGCCGGCGGGAACACUUCCCCCCGCAGCCGGACGGCGUCCUGGGCCCUCGGGGUGAGGGGCGGCCCCCGGGAGGCCCGGCCCGCCGCCGGCCCGCUGGCCACGACCCAGUGUCCCGGGUCCGAGUGUCCGAGGGACGAGGGACGUCCAUGCGAGCGGCCUGUGUGUUGAGGGUCGUGCGCCCUUCCUGUUUACAGGCUGAAUUAUGGAAAUGGGAAGCGAAGAAGAAAAAUGGGAGAAGCUGGAUGCGGAAUUUGAUCACUUUGUGGUAGAUAUGAAGCCCUUUGUUCUAAAAUUACCCCAUAGGUCAGAGCGGCAGAGGUGUGCACUUUGGAUUAGAAAACUGUGUGAGCCUUCAGGAACAGGAGCAGGGGUCACAGGCAGGAGGAAUCGGAAUCUGUACGCAAAGCUCUUACUACACAUGCUCAGGCGAGGGGCUCUCGAGGGCCCUUUCACUCACCGCCCUGAGCCAGGGACGCUGAAAACUUUACCUUCAUACAUGUCCAUCUAUUUUGAUGAACCAAAUCCAGCACAAGCCAAAGGAUUGUCCAGCCCAGAAGGAUUACCAGACUGGGUGAUGGGCGAGCUGGGGAACAGUGAGCACAGACUCAGCGAGUCACGGACGCUCUCUUCUGGAGAAGAUUGCUCUUUGGUACAGUCGCCGACCCAUGUCCAGAGGGAACAAUGCAUUGCAAAGCUCCAAACCAGAUCACAGUCUAUGAGUCCAACCUACAGAGAUGAUGGACAGAUUAUUACCCCAAGGAGUUAUGAAAUUCAUUCGAGGAAAUCUGCUCUUUCUUUGGAUGACAGUGACAUCGAAGCUCGCCUUAAUAGUUGGAAUCUUGGGAUAGAAAAUCCUCGGUACCUGAGACAGAAGCCUAUCCCAGUUACUUUGCAGAUGACUCCCAAAUUCAGCCUGAGAAAAUCCAGCAGUCUCCAGGAGGAUCAGUUACUGUCUCGAAUGCAUGGGAAGGAGUUGGACAUGAAAACAAAAAUGAUGGAAGCUCAGUAUCAUGAAGAGAAACUUAAACUGCAACAGAAGCAUGACGCUGAUGUUCAGAAGAUUUUAGAAAGAAAGAAUAAUGAAAUAGAAGAAAUGAAAACUUUAUACAAAAAGAAACAAAAUGAAACGGAGGAGACUAUUAGAAAACUUGAAAAGAAAGUUCAGACCCUUGUACGUGAAUGUCAAGUUAUCAGAGAGACCAAAGAUAACCAGAUUGCAGAGUUAAAAAAGAUAUGUGAACAAAGUACAGAAUCUCUGAAUAAUGAUUGGGAAAAAAAGCUCCACAAUGCUGUAGCAGAAAUGGAAAAGGAAAAGUUUGAACUUCAGAAGCAGCACACUGAAAAUAUCCAAGAACUGCUUGAGGACACAAACGUGCGUCUGAACAAAAUGGAGGGUGAAUACGUGGCACAAACACAGUCCACAAACCAGAUGAUCAAAGAACUGGAGUCCCGUGUCCAGCAGCUGACUGGAGAAGCAGAGAACAGUAAUUUACAGAAGCAGAAAUUAAUUCAAGAAAAAUUGGAACUUGAGAGAUGUUGCCAGAUAACAUGUAAUGAAUUACAAGAAGUAAAGGCAAGGCGCAACACAUUGCAUAAAGAGAAGGAUCAUCUUGUAAAUGAUUAUGAGCAAAACAUGAAACUGUUACAAACCAGAUAUGAUGCUGAUAUAAACCUUCUGAAAAAGGAACAUGCUCUUUCAACUUCUAAGGCAUCUGGUAUGAUUAAAGAAUUAGAACAGAACAUCUGUCAAUUAAAACAGCAGUUACAGGAAUCAGAACUUCAAAGAAAGCAGCAGUUAAAGGAUCAAGAAAAUAAGUUUCAAAUGGAGAAAUGUCACUUAAAACGCACCUAUGAGAAAAAGGUUCAUGACUUGCAGACUGAACUUGAUAAAGAAAAAGAAGACGCUCAAAAGAAAAUCCAUAAAUUUGAGGAGGCUUUGAAGGAAAGAGAGGAGCAGCUCACCCGUGCGACUGAGGUUCAGAGGCUGCAGACACAGCAGGCAGAUGCAGCGCUGGAGGAGUUCAAGCGGCAGGUGGAGCUGAACUCGGAGAAGGUCUACGCGGAAAUGAAAGAGCAGAUGGGAAAAGUGGAAGCCGAUCUAACUAGAUCCAAGUCUCUUCGUGAGAAACAGUCGAAGGAGUUUCUGUGGCAGCUGGAGGACGUCAAGCAAAGAUACGAGCAGCAGAUAGUAGAGCUGAAGCUGGAGCAUGAACAGGAGAAGACGCACCUAUUACAGCAGCAUAACGCAGAGAAGGAUAGCCUAGUCCGAGACCAUGAACGGGAAAUUGGAGACCUGGAGAAACAGCUUCACACUGCCAAUAUGGAGCACGAAAAUCAAAUCCAAGAGUUCAGGAAACGAGAUUCACAGGUUAUUGCUGACAUGGAGGCACAAGUCCACAAGUUGAGAGAAGAGCUGAUCAGCGUGAACUCCCAGCGGAAGCAGCAGCUGGUGGAGCUCGGUCUUCUUCGUGAAGAGGAGAAGCAGAGGACUGCUCGGGACCAUGAGGCUGCCGUCAACAAACUGAAGGCUGAGUCAGAAAAGAUGAAAAUAGAGCUGAAAAAGACUCAUGCCGCUGAGACAGAGAUGACGCUGGAAAAGGCCAACAGCAGGCUGAAGCAGACCGAGAAAGAAUACACUCAGAAGCUUGCCAAAUCCUCACAGAUCAUAGCAGAGCUUCAGACGACCAUCUCCUCUCUGAAAGAGGAGAGCAGCCAGCAGCGGCUCGCUGCAGAAAGGCAGCUCCAGGACAUUGUACAGAAGUUUGAAGAUGAGAAGAAGCAGCUGAUUAGAGAUAAUGACCGAGCAAUCAAGGCUUUACAAGACGAGCUAGAAAAGCGCUCGAAUCAAGCACGAUGUUUGGAGAAAAAACUGCAGCACAAGGAACUGGAAUCACAGGAGCAGAUAACUUACAUACGACAAGAAUAUGAAACAAAAUUUAAAGGAUUGAUGCCAGCAUCUCUAAGACAAGAACUUGAAGACACUAUCUCCUCCCUAAAGUCACAGGUUAACUUUCUGCAAAAGAGGGCAUCCAUCCUUCAAGAGGAGCUGAUGACUUACCAGUGCAGAAGGUAACCACGUGGUGACAUACCUGAGUAACCCAGGAGAGGGGGAUGGAUCUAACCGUGUGGACAGAGCUUUGGAUUUCUUCCCACAGGUUUGAAGAUUUGGAUGUUGUAAAGUAAAUUGUGAGAUCAAUGGCAUUUUUUAAUACUUAAAUGUAAUUAAUAUCAUAAAAACAUGCAUCACUCAUACACUAACGGGGUGGUUUUAUUUGUGUCUGCCUACAUUAUUUUUUUUAACAUUCCUUUAUUUCUGAUUUCCAUAUCUGUGUGCGUUUGAGUGUGUACUGAGAACUGCUUAUAUUGGGAAAAGAAAUGAUUUCUUGCGAUGCCUUGUUAAUGCCUUUACCUAGAAUUUUACCAGUUGCAGCUGAUCAAAAUCACGUUUGUAGAAUCAUAUAUAAAAUUUAACGCUUACAUUGUU